CCGGGUAGUUCAGCGCUCCGGCGAUUCUCAAUAGACGCAUGUCCGUCUCUUCGUACAUUGCACAAGAAGAGUAGACUGGCUAGUGUGCGCUAGUUUGAGCCGUCCUCUAUUCCAAUAUCUUUCGGAACUGUUGUUGACAUUAAACAGUGAAAAAAGUUAACAUUUUGGAGUGAUCAUAAGGAGCUUAUUUACCCAAACUUGUAGGUCCUCGUUAAAGACUGUCCACCAGGGAUGUUCGACCUAACGAAGGAAUGGAAUCUGUCGUUUGCCGGCUGCGGGUUCCUGGGGAUUUAUCACAUCGGAGUGGCCAGCUGCCUGUCGGAACAAGCGCCUUACCUUAUCAAAGGUGCCGCCAAGAUCUACGGAGCUUCAGCCGGUUCCCUCUCUGCCUCGAUGCUCGCCAGCCAGGCAUCCAUAGCUAAGUGCUGUGAGGAUGUGAUCGAAACGGUCAUGGAUGCCCGGAAGCGUAACCUGGGUCCCCUCCACCCCUCCUUCAACCCGCUCAAGAUCAUCAGGUCGGGCCUGGAGCGCGACCUGCCCGCUAACGCUCACACACUUGCCUCCGGGAGGCUGUGUGUGUCACUCACUCGCGUGUCUGAUGGACAAAACGUCAUCGUGUCCGAGUUCAAGUCCAAGGAGGAGCUCAUCCAGGCGCUGCUGUGUAGCUGUUUCAUCCCCAUAUACUGUGGCCUGAUCCCCCCAUCCUUCCAAGGAGUGCGUUAUGUGGAUGGGGGGAUCAGUGACAACCUUCCUCAGUCAGAGCUGAAGAACACCAUCACCAUCUCUCCGUUCUCAGGCGAAAGCGACAUCUGUCCCCGGGACACCUCCUUCAACUUCCACGAGCUUCGUUUCACCAACACCUCCAUCCGGUUGAACCUGAGCAACAUGUACCGCCUCAGCAAGGCCUUGUUCCCCCCAGAACCCAAGGUCAUGGCAGAGAUAUGUCAGAGUGGCUACAAGGACGCCCUUCGCUUUCUUGAGGAGAACCAUCUGCUAAAGCUGGAGUGUCCGACUGCCGGCCCCAACCUAUCAGAAGCCACCUGCUGCUGCAAGCCCAUCGCCAUGGAAACCACUAAGAACGGGAUGUUCUGGCGGCUCCGCUUCCUGAGGAAGCAACACUGGUGUUUGGAUGAGCAUAUUGUUGACAACCUGCCAACCCAAAUCAAGAAAGUGUUCUGUGAGGCGUGCCAGCAGAAGCCUGGUCUGUAUGCUCAGGUGUCUGAGAUGCUGCUGGUCAGAGUGGCCUCCUACAUGCUCCUGCCCUGCACACUACCUGUGGUAUCAGCCUACUCAGUGGGCAAGAGGAUUGUGGAGUGGAUCCCAGAGGUGCCUGCAGACAUGCGUUGGCUAGCUGGGGUGGCUGGGGAUGUGGCUGGGAGCUUGUACAGACAGGCCUGGAGAGGAGCGCCAGUAGACAUAACCAGUGAUGGUUCCCUGAGGAAUUGCAUGAGCCUGCCCCCACCCAUGGAAAGUGACGGACAAAGGGAGAGAGAAUGUCACCUGUCUGGGUUCGCUCGCUCUGCUCUCAACUUCCAAAGCCAAUACUGGAACAUCCCCGCAGCCUCCUCUUCCCACUGUUCCACCAGCCCCCACACGCCAAGCCCCUCCCCACGACAGAUCUGCUUCAGUGUUCAUUUUGGCACUCUUUUUUAGAUUCAUUCUAGUCUGUCAUUUUGACUAAAAUAUCAUAAAAUCUUAGUCACAUUUUUGUGAUUUUAAUAAUGAUUUAGUCAUUGUUAAAAUGACGAAAAGAGAGACGUUUUAGUCAACUAAAUGCCCUUUCAUUUGAGUUAUAUUUUAGUCCACAUCACAUUUGUAUUGCCUCAUUAGCCACAAACCACGUUUCCAUCCAGAGUUUUUAUGGGAGUAGUCAUAUCAAAGAUUUUUAUAACUAACCCAAGAUGGACCAUAACUACUGAGAUGUUGGGCUAUUCAAUAAAUAAAUGUUCAAUCCGACAUCUACAA